AUGAGGCUAUCAAACUUUUACAAUCUGAUAACUCUAAUAAAGCAGAGGAAAUAGAAGCCUUACUUGUAUUUAUAUUUGCUCUUAAUUUCAUAGGUAAAAAGGCAGGAAUUGUAGUUGGAAGUAAAAAGCAAGCGAGUAAUUUUAGAAGAAUUGUUGAGUAAAUAGUAAAAACUGACUGCAGCUGAAGAGGCAUUAAGCAUUAGAGAGCAAAAGAAUAUUGCUGAAUAAGAACAGUAGAUGAGAGAAAAGACCUAGAAGAUAGAGGAGAUUGUUUAUAAAAAGCUGAAGUUUCACUUAAAGUAGAAAUUGGAGAAUUUCAAAAAGAAUCCUUAAGAAAUUUUACUCAGACACUAGUAUGUUGAAAAAGAGUCUGGAGGUAGGCCUUAUGUAAAUGCAGUUCAAAUAAAGAUUUUAUCUAAGAUCGCCCAAGAAAAUCCAAAGGAGAAGGAUGAAAGAGCUUUUAAGUAAAAUGAUCCUAAUCAAAACUUAAUUAUGGAGGAAAAUCAAUUUUUUACUCAGACAUUCAGAAUUUCUAAACAGACUGAUAUGAAUUUACUUAAAAAAUUAGCCUGUGAUUUUUGGGGGCUGAAUGAAAAGCAUUACUAGUUUUAUGAUGAAAAUACAAAGCCAGUUUAAUCUGAUGAGGGUAACCAAGUACUUACUGCUGAUAAAUACUUUGAGACUUCAGGAGCUAAAUCAUCUGGUUCUGGAUCUAAGUUGGCUGUUCUAUACAUUGGAAAGCUCAAGAAUGAUCCAUUUCUUGUAAGAGCAAUUAAGGGUAUAUAGGAGAAAAAAAGCCAGAAAAAUAUCAAUGAUAAGGAGGAUGAAAAUGGAAACAGAGAUGAAUUCAGUGAAAAUAAUCAGGACAUGGAGGAAGAGUUUUUAUAAAAUUUUGCUGGUCUACAAGCACAAUAUAAUCAUUAGAAGAAUCCUAAAGGAAAGAGAGCAAAUUAAAUAGAUACAAAAUGCUGCACGCUUUUCAUUCUGACUUUACUUUCAAUCUAAUUGAAGAGAGAUGUGACUGCAUGCUAUUGGGCAGCAGGAGUACUUCAUGAAAAUUUUGAUGAACGCACUGCUUUGUUUACCAAUUCAAAUCUAAAUAAUUUUUACAGCUAAGAUAAUUUAUUUGUGAGUGGGACUGAAAUUGUUAAGCACUCAGUUAUUAUUGGAGCUAUAUAAUUUAAAUAGUCAAGAGUUGUGCAAAUUGCAUGCCCUAGACAGGCUUAGCUGAAGAAUCAAUACAAAUGUUAUGAAAAUUAUUACACUAAGGAUACUAUGGAAACUAAAGAUCUCAAUUAAUCAUCAAGUGAUUAGUCCACUUCAUGGUUUUACUUCUAAGACAGUGAUAACUCAGAUUAUUCAUCUACUGAAAUAAAAGGAAGUCUUGGAACUUAUGAUUCUCAGGGGUAUAUAAUCAGAUUCCCACCUUAUAAUACAACUUUAAAGCAAUAUUAAAAUACAAUAACUCAGAUGAAAAAGGAUUAAUAUUUAGACUUAUCAACAAUUGCUCUGGGAUUGCAAGCUGUGGAUGCUUUGAGAAUAGUUCUUCUAGUUUAUAUCAUUUACAUUAUCAUUAUUAAAUUGGCUGAUUUCUCAUUGACUCCAGAUAAAUUCAUGACAAAUGAAACAAAUAAGGAGUAUUUUUAUACACUAAGCAUGGCAUACUGGUUUUAUUAAUCAUUUAUUAUUGAUUCUAUAUGCUUGCUAUUUAUCCUUUAUAAAAUGAUUCAGGUAUUCAGAACCUAUAGGACUAUUGAGAUAAUCUUAUAAUCGAUAGAAACAGCAAGUUUGUUAGUCGGAGCACUCGUGAGUUUUAUUUGUGUGGUCCUCAUAGGCAUGUCAAUAGUUGCAAUGAAUAUAUGGGGAGCCUAAGUCCUUUAAUUUAAGACCUUUAGUAAUGCAUUUCUCAGCGUUAUAUUCCUUCAAAUGGGUAUUUUGAAAUUAAUUAAUAAUGGUAUUUUAGGCUUGGUUGAUUUUGACUAACUCUAGUCUUACUCAAUUAUAUGGUCUUUCCUAUUUAUAAUCCUUUACUGCAUCUUCAUCAUUUACAUACUACUGUCCUCUUUUAUGAUUAUAUUCAUAGAUAGCUAUCGCAGAAUAGUUAUAUAAGAAGGUUCUCUAACAUAAGAUGUAGUUAAACAGGGCGAGACUAGGACAUUUUCUGGUUUCCUUAAAUGGUUCUUUGGUUGGUUGCCUGAUGAAUGUUUAAAGAAGAUUGGUAAGAACGAUGACAAUAAUGAUAGCUUAAUGAAUGAUGAAGAUGAUGACGUUGUUUAAGAAAAUAAUAAAGGAAAUGAUUCAGACGAAUCCAAUAGUGAUGAUGACAAGAGUUGA